AUGGCGCCGCGGCCGCUGGGGCCCCUGGUUCUGGCGCUGGGUGGCGCCGCGGCCGUGCUUGGCUCGGUGCUCUUUAUCCUCUGGAAGGCCUACUUCGGCCGCGGCCCGGAGCGGCGCUGGGACGGGAGCGAGGCCUGGUGGGGCGUGGAGCCACCUUGCCUUCCCGAGUGGGACCCCGAGGACGAGGAGGACGAGGAGCCGGUCUUGGAGGAGCUGGAGCAGCGCGAGGUGCUGGUGCUGGGGUUGGACGGCUCUGGGAAGAGCACAUUCCUGCGCGUGCUGUCAGGAAAGCCGCCGCUGGACAGCCACGUCCCCACCUGGGGCUUCAACUCCGUGCGACUGCCCACCAAGGACUUCGAGGUGGACCUGCUAGAGAUCGGUGGCAGCCAAAACUUGCGCUUCUACUGGAAGGAGUUUGUGAAUGAGGUGGAUGUGCUGGUGUUCAUAGUGGAUUCGGCUGACCGGCUGCGUCUGCAGUGGGCCCGGCAAGAACUUCACAAGCUGCUGGACAAGGAUCCUGACCUGCCUGUCGUCGUGGUGGCCAACAAGCAGGACCUGAGCGAGGCCAUGAGUGUGGUGGAGCUACAGCGGGAGCUGGGCCUGCAGACCAUCGACAGCCAACAUGAGGUAUUCCUCUUGGCAGCCAGCAUUGCCCCCACAGGGCCUGGCUCCAACGAGCCUGGCACCGUGCACAUCUGGAAGCUGCUCCUGGAGCUUCUCUCCUAG